AUGGCCGACACGAGUCUGGACAACAUUGAUGCACAGUUGUCUGAGUUUGCCGCGGCUGGUUUCACCGUGGAGCAACACGAUGCGGUCGACGGCGACGUCGCAACGGGCCUGAAUCUGCCAACACGGCUGGAUCAGCCUCUCAAAGAACAUACUUAUUCUGAGAUGCCGUUCAUGAACUUUAACGUUCCUUCCACGGAUCAGUUGCCACCGCUCGACGUUCCAUUCAAUCCAUAUCGCACACCAAAUACUGCAGAUUACACUGUUGUCCCUAUUGUGAAAUUGCCCCCCGGUGGGAUCAGGCUUUACGAUUUUUUAUUUGGGAGUUUUUCGGGGGCUGGCCUUCCUCCGUUGCAUGUAUCUGGGGAUCCGUUCAGUAGCAAGGUAUCAGUGAGGAUCAGAUGGCCAGGCUAUCAGAACAUUCUUGCCAAGGACAAGCAGAUAAACAUCCGAAGGACGACUGCGAACAGUGAAUACGUGCAUACACAGAAGGUAUUGGAACAGAUCGCGAAGCUGUUCUGGAAUUUCAUGAAGGACGUUGAAAACGACGUGAUAAAUGUCGAAUGGGGUCUCCGUCCUAACGGCGCCAUUGGUUUCAACCAUAUUUUCCUGCAGCAGAUACUCAGGGUUGCUCACGGUAGUAUCCAGCCGGUGUUUUCUUGCCAGAGGUUCAAGUAAGAGGCGGAACUGCCUGCUCACUGGGAUCGUCCAUUUUUAGAUAUUUGAUUUUGCCU